AUGGUGGACGAGCUGUUAGCGAGCACGUGGGAGCCAACAGACCCGACUUUCGACACAAGGAGCUGUCUCACCUCGUUCAGCCAGCACACGUCAUCGCUCAACGCUCUCCAAAGUGUAUUGGCUGCGUCGAUUGAGCGUCUCGUCCAGCACCGCAAAGUGGUGUCUAACCGUAUUGCAGAACUGGAACAGGACAGUCGACGAGUGAGCAGCAAGUUCCACGAGGGACUCCUCAAGCCGGAUAUGCUGCUUAAUGAUAUUUGUGCUCAGAUGGAAGACUUGGAGGAGAGAUUUACUAAAGUGAGUUCUUCGGCCGUGACGAUUGGAGAUAAAUUGUCGACGUUGGAUACGGAGCGGUCCCGAGUAUUGGAGACGGACGAGGUGAUGGAGGCGCUAUUGGCUCUGAACGACCCCAGUAGCAAGUUGACCAAGUCAAGUAACAAACUUUUCAAUACACUACACGACCCCAACCAGCUGCAUGAAGCUUCGCGGAUUAUCAAGAAGAUGAGUGCGUUUUCCUCCGAGUUGUCGUCUUCUGCCAUGGCGUAUGCGGUGGCAGAGAUCGAGCGACUGAGUCAGACGACGGAGAAUAAUUUGCUGACAGAGUUCAGCCACGAACAGGAGAAAGAAAACUUGACGGGGAUGCGGCGAUGUGCCGAGUCGUUAAUCGAGUACAGCGACAAGGAGAAGGUGGCGGAUCGAUACGUGUGGAACGUCAUGUGCGAUCAACUAGCAACAGCUGCUGGGGAGCCUGUCACGUCGUCACUGGACCCGAUUGAGGAUCUGGACGCGCUCUUCUCCAAGAUCCUGACCAUCUGUACGGACCAAUUUCCAGUGAUCGACAGCGUCUUCCCUGCUGUAGCCUGCGCCUCCAUCCGCGAGCUGCUAGUGGAGCGCUUGUUCAAUGACCCAGCGUUUGGGGUUUUAUCCUUCUUGGACCAAUUUCUCAAAACCCGUCGGUACACUGAAUCGCCCCCAGACUUUGCAAGUGUAUCCUCUUCCACGUCGUCUUCACCGAACCGAGACUACGUGCGACUGUUGUGUUCAUCGUACGAGAGAGCGUGUGUCUUGGUGGCUGAGAUCGAAGAUAUCGACCAGUCAAAAGCAAACAAGCCAGACGCUGUAUCAAACCAAGACUCGAGUACCGUCGACGAUCACUUGACUGAACCUCCUGCUGCCAACGAGAACGAGAGAAUCCACACGUUUCUCAAUCUCCAGCUCCAUUCUCUGUUUGGCAACCAUCGAGACAAGUAUCUACAGGCAGAGCUGGACUUGUUGCAAGACCAAUUCAAGGGCAUCAUAGCCUCAGUAUCGUUUCCCCAGCCGCCCGUAUCUUCCCGAAGCAAAGGAGGCGUAUCCAAAACCAAAACUGUGGCCACAACAACUGUCACGAUUACAUCCUCGCCGUCUCAAUCGGCGUCCUCCAUUCAGUUGGUGUCUUCAGCCUCCACGACGUCGAUAUCGUCGUCCAAUCUCGAGAAAGAUAUCUCCCAAUUGGAGUCGUCGCUUGUAUUCUUCGAGACUCUCCAAGCGCUGGCGGAAGACGAAGAUGUAGCCAUCAAGUAUGGGGAAGUGCUGAACGAGACAAUUGAUCGCUGCGACAUUGUCUUGAAAAGCUCCGAGCUACGUGGAGAGCUCAUCACCAAGGCGUUCACGUCUUUCGUGGCUUCAUUUGGAGACGAGUAUUUGGGGGAGAUUUUACAAGAACAGCGGAUAACUCCAGAUUCCCCCAUGCAGUUUUUCAUCCUCACAGAGGCUUUACUCAAGCGAAUUGACUUCCUCGACGACCAAUUCGAAGCUUCCAUUACGCCGUUGCAGGAGGAUUUGCCUACCGAGCUCACAAUCUGCCAAGAGAGCAAGCAGAAAUGUCUCAACAAGCUCGAAAGCGCUAUCGGAUCCGGACUCCAGCAAGUGUUGACUGUGCUGGAGAAGGCGAUUGGCCAGAUCCUGACCGCCCACCAGAACAAAGGAGACUUCCUCGGCAGUCAAGCCAGCAUGUCGCUCUCGUCCUCCAAGGCCUGUCAGAAGUGCACUGAGUAUUUGCAGCCACUCGUGACUGUCCUCUGUCGCGUCCUGGUGCGUAUAGAAGUCAACAUACACUGCAACUAUACUUGA